UGCAUACGUUUACAUCCGGACAGUUUAGGUGAAAAGCUUCACGAAAACUUCUCAAAGAGCUCACGCGGUGACUUUUUGACAUCAAUAAUCAUUCUUAAAGUCUAAUUGGAGCCUUUCUGUCUUGUGUGGUCAAACCAUAAAAUCAAAUAUAUAUAAAUCGGCAUAUUUAUAUUAACAUUUAGGCCAGUAAUUCACUUAAAAAAGAAAAGUAAAGAAACGUUUUUAGAUGAACGGACUCAACAUCGCGGACACUUCCGGGUGCUCAGUCACAGUCAUCUGACCGAACAAGUGACCGAUGUCGGGCCAGCAAGUCAACUUUCUUUUGUCAAGGAACGGAGUUUAAAUCAUGCGCGGUUUGAUUUGCGGACCCAAACUCGCCGCGUGCGGUAUCGUGUUGAGCACGUGGGGGGUUAUAAUGUUGGCCAUGCUGGGGAUUUUCUUCACCACCCAUUCAGCAGUGCUGAUUGAGGACGUGCCUGUGACGGAGGACAUCUUCCAAGAUGGGAACCCUCAGAGGAUCUACGGCCUGUACAACAAGGUGGGCUACAACUGCUUCAUAGCAGCCGCUAUCUACAUCCUGUUUGGAGCCUUCUCCUGCUGCCAGAUGAAACUCAACAAGCGGAAGGAGUACCUAGUGCACUAGCGCCACCUGCUGGACUGAGGAGUGCCCAGCGGCAGUGUGCGGACGCUGUGCGAGGGCAGAUGUGUUUAUUUAAAAUUAGAUUAAUUCUACCUCUGAUCACCUGAAGUGCUGAAAUGAUUUGACUGAAUUUGUUAAAAAAAAACACAAACUCAAAUAGUUGUUCUCCAGAGUUUCAGUGAUUCUUCUUGUGGAAAAAUUUAAAAGGUUGUACAUUAUUGUGUCCUGACUACAUACUGUACAAGAGUGUGUGUGGGUAAUGUUAGUCAAAUCAAGUUGUUGAUUUCUUUCAGUUUGAAAUAAUAUUCUGAAGCUUGUAAUGUCCGUUUCAAACAUUAAAGGUAUGUUGAUAACUGA